AAAAAGCUUAAAAGCCACCAAAGAAAAUUAAUUGAAUAUUUUAAGAAAUGGAUGCACCAAUACAGGAAGACUUUAGAGGAGCAGGAUACCUAGGCAGUUUUUUAUCAAACACAUUAAAAACAAAUCAACUUGAAGUUAAUACAGACGUUCGAACUUUAAGGCCAAUAGCAAGGCUCAAAGAGCCACGAGAUCUAUUCGCAUUGCCUAAGGAACGUGACAAUGAGUGUACACAACAAUUGCCACGAUGGCCAAAUGAAUGUCAGGUACUCGAUGAGCGCGUGUAUCACAUAGAGUAUGCACCGGAGCAGCCAGAACCGUAUUACAAAGCAACAGGCAAGGAACUGCAACCACGACCUGUUGGCGAGGAGCAUGGUCUUAUUGUCUAUAAUUACAUGCCAAUUAGUGCCGUACAUUACAAACAACUAAAUAGACGACAUGAUUAUAUCCGAACAUAUGGUCGCAAUGAGGACUAUAUCAGAAUGGUUAGAAUACACAACGAUUUUGAAUUCUGGGGCGAUUAUGCCGAUGAAGAAAUUCUUGAACGUAAUAUGGUUGUUGGUCGUGAACUUCCUCAGGACAAAUAUUUUUACGGUUAUGAGAAAGAAAAACGAAUACAAGGGUGUCUCUUUUGUAGCGAUAAAAUUGAUAUGGAUUUUAAUAGAUUUGAUAUUUUUCUUGAACAUCAUGAUAUUAUAAGACAAAAAAAUCAUUUUGAUUCUUUUCGCACCUCAAUGCCUACAUUGGAUAAAAAAUAUGAAUAUGACUCGGAUGCUAAACCAUGUUGGUGUAAUAACCUGCCACAGUUUAGUCGAAGUAGUGUCGGUGGAUCAAAAUAUCUUCUGCCAGCUCAGCCGUACGCACUUGAUCAGGAUGAUUUGAUAUUUGAGUCACGAUUUGAAUCUGGUAAUCUGGCGAGAGUCGUAAAGGUUACGAACAAUUACUACGAGUUGUACUUGCGACCCGACAUGUACACUAAUCGUCACACUCAAUGGUUCUAUUUUCGUGUGAAGAAUACUAGAGCUAAAAUGACCUAUCGAUUUUCUAUUGUUAACUUAACAAAGCCUGAUAGUUUAUAUAAGGAAGGAAUGCGCCCACUGAUGUACUCAACAACAGAUGCCACAAAUAAUAAUAUUGGAUGGAGACGAUGUGGAGAGAAUAUUGCAUAUUUUCGUAACGAAGAUAAUAACAUUUACAGCACCAGAAACUAUCAUCAAGUGCUCAUCGAUGAUUUUGAUGAUGAAGACAAUGGAAAUAUUUGCUCAUUCACUUUAACAUUUAAUAUUGAAUUUCAACAUGACAAUGAUACUGUCUACUUUGCACAUAGCUAUCCGUAUACAUAUUCUGAUUUACAAGAUUAUCUUAUGAAUAUUCAACGUCAUCCGAUAAAAUCUAAGUUCUGUAAACUGAGAUUGUUAUGUCGUUCAUUAGCAGGAAAUAAUGUUUAUUAUUUAACUGUUACUGCGCCGAGUACACCUGAAGAGGAGAUGCAAAAGAAAAAGAAGGCAAUUGUUAUAACAGCACGAGUACAUCCAGGUGAGACGCCAAGUUCUUGGAUGAUGAAAGGUUUUAUGGACUUUAUAACAGGAGAUUCAUAUGUGGCUAAAAAACUACGUCAUAAAUUUAUAUUUAAACUCGUACCAAUGCUCAAUCCGGAUGGAGUCAUUGUUGGUAAUACGAGAAGCUCAUUAACAGGCCGUGAUUUAAAUCGACAAUACCGUACCGUGAUAAGAGAAACGUAUCCGUCCAUUUGGAAUACAAAGGCUAUGAUUAAAAGACUGAUGGAGGAUUGUGGUGUCGCUUUAUAUUGUGAUAUGCAUGCUCACUCAAGGAAACAUAAUAUUUUCAUCUACGGCUGCGAGAACAUGAAACGUCAUCCUGAUAGACGACUUUUAGAGCAAGUCUUUCCGCUCAUGUUACAUAAAAAUGUCGCUGAUAAAUUUUCAUUUGAGAAUUGUAAAUUUCGUGUUCAAAAGAAUAAGGAAGGAACUGGUAGAAUUGUUGUAUGGGUACUAGGCGUGACAAACAGUUACACAUUAGAAGCAUCGUUUGCUGGCAGUACAAUGGGAUCGAGAGCUGGAACUCAUUUCUCAACUAUGGAUUAUGAACAACUGGGACGAGCAUUUUGCGAGACAUUGAUGGACUAUUAUGAUGAUAAUCCACUUAAAGUAAAUACAUUUAUGCCACACAUUAAGAAAAUGCGUAAAGAACAACGCAAAGCACGAAAAGCACUUAAAGCAAAACGAAAAUCCGAAAAAUUGGCAAUGGAAGAAGGACAAAUAAAUGAAAAUCAAAAUGACAGUAAUGAUAGCUUUGAGUACCGCGAUUAUUAUGAGUUAGAAAGGAUGAAAAAAGUUAUUAAAAUUUCUCUACAAGAGACAUUUGAUUGGGACGAGUUAGCAGAGGAUUUACGUAAAGAAAAUGUGGGUAGUGAUGACGAUCUCGGGUCUGAUUAUGAAAAUGAAGAUGAAAAUUAUCCAGAUGAGCAUGAUGAAUAGUUUAUUUGUCCUUCUUUCAACAUCGUUGUCAUUCUAACAUUUUUGUUACACAAGAAUAUUUAUGUUCAUAUAGGCUAUGAUUAGAUUUUAUGUAACUUGAUUCAUAUGAGAAUGCAAUACAAUGACUAAGAAUGAAUAUUUUUUUUAAGGAUGAGGAAGAAUUAAGGCAAGGACAAAAGGAGUAUGGCAUUUAAUGAAUUACGGUUGAGAUUUUCAUUUAUCCUAUUAAAUAUUAUGUUGGAUUUAUGAUAAUUGAACGCUUUUGCCGAAGAACGUGACGUGAAAAAACGGGCAUUUGGAAUUUGAAAAUGAUUAGACCGAUUUUUACAAAACAAAGAAAUUUUUUUAAAACUGAUCAACGGUUAUUCUUACAAUAAAAUUAGUGAUUUUUCUUAUACUAAUAAAUUUGCCAAUAAUUUGUAAUGACUACAGUACGUGGGAAAACUACGAAUAUGAGAGAUGACUGCUUCUCUCUUAUUUUCUGAUAGCAAAUAAUGGUUUCCAUGUUUUCCACGUCUAUCUGAAGUGUCUUCUUUUUUAAACUUAUCCAAAGCUAGCCUAAUGACAUUCUUAGAAAUUUCCAAAAUUGAAGUGUAAAAUAAAACACAUACCGACUUUCCAAGAAGAAAAUAUUUUUUUCGUUGAGGAUCUGAUGAGUCAACUGAUGCUACUAUAAAUGCCACUCUUGCCUGAUAAUCAAAACUCCUGUAAUUUUGCUUGAUUUGCUGAAUUUUUUGUUCGGUGAAUUUAUUUUUACAAUUAUUUUUGCAGCAUGUCUUCUGAUUCUUAAGAUUACAUCCUUGAGUGUUCAGUUCACUUGUCUGUUGUUUUUCUCUAACCAUUUUGAAUUAAAGUACAAUAAACUCAAUAAAAAAAUAAUAAAAUUUAAUUUUACGUGUGUAAACAAAAAAAAAAUUUCUUUGUUUUGUAAAAAUCGGUCAAAUCAUUUUCAAAUUCCAAAUGACCGUUUUUUCACGUCACGUUCUUCGGCAAAAGCGUUCAAUUUCUUGUGGCAGAGCUUUUGUGAUAGUGUGUUGGUGUAUAAUACUCGGCAUGUGUGAAGACUUUUUUAUUUUCGUACAAUAUAGUUGAUAAAGUAACAAAAAAAAACAUCAUUCAAAUCCAUCAACAAAUGUGUUCAAAGUCUUUUCACAAACAAGUAAAAGUUAUUAUAAUACAAUUAGCUCCAGAUUUCAUUUGUUGAUUAUACAGCCAAUUAUUCACAGUCAAUCCAAAAGCUCUCAAAACAAACUUUCAGGAAACUUCUUAACCUAUUUUAUCAUCGAUUAUCAGAAAAAAAAUUUUGUCCUUCAACUUCAAUUCUUCAUCUUCUCUUUAUGUAAUUAACAAAGAUUGAUCUCUCUUCAUAAAACAUAAGAAAAGCAAAAAAGAAAGAAAUUCUUUUCUCUUUCAACCAACUGUGCUUAAACAAGAAUUCAUCAAUCAAUCAAUCAAACAAUCAAUCAUGUAUGUUACAUGUGUGAAAGUCGUUUAAAUCCAAUCAAUCAAUUAAUUUUUCUUCUUCUUCCAAAAAAAAAAUAUAAUCCAUUGACUAAAGAGAAAUUAUAAAUCAGUUUGCAUGAAGCAACUUAAUGACAUUCAGAAUCGAGGUGGAAGAGAAUUAGAUGAAACAGAAGCUUAUCUACGUCAUCGUGCAAGAGUUCAUGAACGUGAGAAACGUGAGAAAUUAAAGAAGCAAGGAAAACUCGAGGAAUAUUUAGCAGAAGUUGAAAAGAAUAAGCCAAAGAAAGAAUCGAAGAAGGAAUGGAUUCCUGAAGAACCACCAGUUUUUGACGAAUUUAUGAAAGAAUAUUAUGAGAGUAGAAAAUUCGACAAAGAAAAUCUCGUCAUUAAUAAUGUAAUAAAGCAUCCAACUCCAGAAGAUUAUUAUGGAAUGCCACAUAGUAGUGUAGAAAUAAAGAAAAAGGUCAAGAAACGUAAGAAGCCUAAAAAGAUUGAAAAUCGUGAAGAUGAAAUUUUGCUUAACGACCCAGAAUUUAAGCCUGAAAUGGCUGGUAGCACUGGUCUACCAAAAUUCUUUUUCAGUAAUCUAGUCAAGCAAAAUCGCUCAGCCCUUCAAGAGGCUCAAGCUCGUCAUCGAAUGGAUUUUCACAAACAUAACAAGAAACAUCACAAAUGAUCAAUCUUACUUAGUUACAGAAAUAAAGAAAAUAUUAUUUUUAGCAACGAUGAAAAUUAAGAAGAAAUUCUGAACUAAAUUACAAAAUCUGUGCAUAUACUUCCUCAAAUGUUUUACGUUCUUCUUAAUUUUGUCGCUAAUUAGUGCAAGAUGUUGCUCCUAUGUUUAUUUUAAUUAUUAUUUUCUUGUUUAUUUUAAGUGUUUGUAGAUUAUUAGUAAAAUGAAAGAUCCUUUUAGAUGAUUUUAGUAAGAAUUUCUACCCGAAAUUUAAACAGAUUGUUUCAAUCAGUAUGAAAAUCUGACAGAAAUUAUCAUAAGGUCCCUUCACACAUAAAAAUAUAAACAAGUAUCCUGAUUGUAAAUGAAUAUUUGCAAAUGUGUUCCUUUUAAGUUAAAUAAAUUAUAGGCCGUUUCAUCUCAGGCAUAUAUACUUCUGUGACUUUCAUAGCAUUCACAAGAAAUAUACCAAAUGAUACGUAAUAAAAAGAUCACAGAAAGAUAUUUGAUAAUACUGAUGCUUGAGAUGUGGCGGUUCGUUUAGUUCAAAUUUUAUUUGUAGAAUUAAUUUUGAGAUGAAAAUGGCACGCUUCUAAAGUGUUUUAGCAAUUAUUAUUUUAAUAAAAGAACUUGUGACAUUUUCAUGGCAUCAUGUUGAUGAUUUUAUGAUUUACGUGUGUAAAAUUGCAAUAAUGCAACUUAUGACCGAAUAAAAAAGAGCAAAAAUUCUGUACCUGACGAAAAAUUGCACUUUUUAAAAUUAUUUUUUCAAUUUGCAUGCUUUAUAUUUAAUGGGUAGACGAAUCUUCACUCAUUAGUGUCGCUUACUGUUUGAAACCAAAAUUCUUCAAAUAAUUUCUCUCGACUUAAUUUUAGGAAAAGCUUCGAAUGAAAAUUUUAACACGACUUUCAAAAGAGGGCUCGAGUGCAGAUGAGCCACUGAACAUUCCACUUUCAGAUUAUUCAAGGUACUUAAAUUUUCUAUUUUAAUUUAUAUGACAUAGAAAAAACUUUAUUUUGUAUUUCCCAACAGUGACGAAGGUGAUUCAAGUUCGAGUUCUGAUGAUGAGGGUAAAGAUAGUUUAUGUGAUUUAGAAGGACCUUGUUGUCAAGCUUUGAGAGUACCACCAUGUUCACCAGUACUCUCACCGGAAAGAAAAUCAAAGAAAAAGGUUUGAAUGUUCUUUAAUAAAAAUUUCAAUCUUAAUUAAUCUGUAUAAAUAAUCUUAGAUACACGGCAAAAACAAGCAUCGAAGAGCCUCUCCCAUAAAGCGUAAUAAAUUAUUGACGAGAUCUGUUAUGGAUUUACCGACAACUGAUCCCGGCAGUGAUUUUCCUGAUUAUUAUACAACGGAAGAUGAAUGUGAAACAGAUUAUGAUACUGAGGGCAAUGUAACGAAAGUAUCACGAUCGAAAAAAAUCCUUCGAAGUGAGAUGAGAAAGGCAAAUUCUGCGAGUUGUGAUGCUAUGCCACCAGAACUGAUUAUUACUAAGGUAAAUUGCCAAAUUUACAUACAGUAAUAAAUUAAUAAAGUAGUAGAUUUAAAAAAUUACAACUUUUCAAGAUAUAAGGGUUCAAAUCCCAAAUAUAAUUCGACAAAUGAAAUAAAG